GUCAUGCUCCUUUUUCCCUCCAUGAAAACACGGAGCAGUCUCUCUCUGGAUUAUGUUUAGUGAUUGGAGCUGAUGUUUCCUCUGAUCAGUGGACACUGUGGAUUUUUAUUGAUUCUGUGAGAGCAAAGGAUGGCCUGUAGACCACGAGAAGUUUUCUCAUUCAAAGAUUCAGAACUUCCCUCCCAUCUUGUCGCCCAGCUCAACAUCCUCCGCCACGAGCGCAUCCUGACCGACGUCCUGCUCUGCACGGAGCAUCAUGAGAUCCCCUGCCACAAGAACGUCCUGGUGUCCAGCAGCCCGUACUUCCGCGCCAUGUUCUGUAGCAACUUCCUGGAGAGCAGCCAGGCCCGAGUUAAUCUGAAGGGAAUCUCCUCUGACGUCCUCACUGGCAUUGUCGACUACGUCUACACAGGCUGCAUUACUAUAACCAUGGAGAUUGUGCUCCCUCUAAUGCAGGCAGCAUCAAUGCUUCACUACGGGGGUCUUUUUGAGGCCUGUUCCAUGUUCCUCCAGGAGCAGCUGAGUCCAGAAAACUGUCUGAGCAUGAUUCGACUCUCUGAGAUCCUUCACUGCGAGAGUUUGAGAGAAAGAGCAAAGGAGAUGGCUGUAAGGUGUUUCUCUGACGUCGCUGCAACUGAAGACUUCAGCGAGUUGACUCUUCCUGAGCUCAUGUGUUACCUUGAGGACGACCGACUUUGUGCUGAAGAGGAGCAAGUGUUCGAGACCCUCCUAGCAUGGAUCCACCAUGACCCGUUCUCGAGGCGUGGCGCGAUCCAUGACCUCUUCAAGAAAGUCCGUCUUCGCUACAUCCAUCCAACGUACCUUUUCCAGUUUAUCGCCAACGACCCGUUGGUGCAGUCCUCCACCCUCUGCACUGAGAUCAUCGAUUCCAUGCGUCGCCUCAUGCUUACAGUAAGCACCAAGUGUAGCCGCGAGCUCAAGCCGCUCUGGACCACACCUCGACGUUAUACCUGUCGGGAAACGCUUGUGGUGGUAGGAGGACGCAAAAAUAACGAACAGACCUCCAGAGAGGCUUUGCUGUAUGAUGAAAGGACUCAGCGUUGGCAGUGGUUGGCCAAGCUCCCUCUGCGCCUCUACAAAGCGGCUUACGUGUGCAUUCAUAGCAUUCUGUAUGUGCUGGGUGGGCUCAGCCUUUGUAUGACAUCCGGUGACAGCUCAGUGAGCGCCACAGUUUACACUCUCUCCCUCAAGACCAAUCAGUGGCGGACGGCUGAGCCCAUGUUGGAGAAAAGAUACGCCCACCAAAGUGUGUCCUAUCUGCACUUUAUUUUUGUGUUGGGAGGCAUCGGGGUGGACAAGAGAAUCUCUCAGUCGGUGGAGAGGUAUAACAGUAUGUUUAACCAAUGGGAGGCCAUGGCACCGAUGCCCACAGCUGUGCUUCAUCCAGCUGUGGCAGCCAGCGAUCAGAGGAUCUACGUUUUUGGAGGGGAGGAUGCCAUGCAGAACCCUGUCAGGCUCAUUCAGGUGUACCACAUCUCACGCAACAUGUGGUCCAGGCUAGAGACGAGGACGGUGAAAAAUGUUUGUGCCCCUGCUGCUGUCAUUGAGGACAAGAUCUACAUCAUUGGAGGAUACACCAGACGAAUGAUAGCCUACGACACCAAGGCCAACAAGUUCUUCAAGUGUGAGAACCUGAGGGAGCGGCGGAUGCAUCACAGCGCCACAGUGAUCAACAACAAGAUCUACGUCACAGGAGGACGCAUCCUAAAUGGCCAGGACGUAAUCGAGGACUCAGACUGCUUCGAGUGUUACGACCCAAAGACAGACGUUUGGACUUCAAAAGGUUCUUUGCCAUACAAGCUCUUUGACCACGGCUCUCUACCGCUAGUCUGUGUUUCCAAUAGACCCAACCCACCCUGACUCACCACCCAGUCAGCCACUCUGCAAACACCCUAACUUCCCCUUUGCCAAGAGUGCUUUGGCCUCUAGCGACACAAAUGGGAAACCAUUUCAAACUGGCUGCAUUCCUUCACGCGGCUCUGUCUCCAGACUCCACCAUGACUUCGCGGCAUGUUGAGCCAGGCGGACUUUUCCCUGAAUCAAAGGGGAGAUCAGCUGGACAGCAGAGGUGUCAUUUCUGAGGCACCUGCUGUUGAAUUUAGCUGUGGAUCCAAGAGAUGGUGGGUGUCAGACGCUCUUACAUAACAGACAGCUGUUCAGGCACACGUAAUCCAAAUGCUCUUUCCACAGAUGGCUGCUGUUGUUUGAUGGUAUUUAAUAGUGUUAAUGCUUUAAUUUCACAGACAUGUAUACACAGAAAUCAAUGCCUAGCAACUGCAGCUGAGUUCCCUGCAACAAGUAAAGAUUUAAUAGUCAGCUGCUUUCUUAUUCUUAUGUAAAGGAAGCCAGCUUACAGCUUAUAAAUUUGCACUUUAUAGAAAAUACAUUCCUCCUGGGCAUACCAGCUUCUAUUAGAGUGCACUUACUGGAGGAACAGUUUUGAAAAGUAUUAUAUGAUUGGUUUAAGGAUGUUUAUAAAGGAAAAAGGGGAAAAUGCUCUGACUCUAGCCAAUUAAAUGUGAAUAUUUCUUGUUUUAACUCUUAUAUGAGGGUAAAAUGAAUUUAUUUGGGUUUUAACUGAUAUUUCAGGAUGCUUUCACAAACACUGAUUGGCAGUUUUUAGAUUUUCUUACAUUUUGCUGACCAAAAAGUUUAAUUUUGAACUCAUAAGUGGUUGAUGCUUUAAAACUGAUACUGUUUUUUUAAUCUCUUAUGUGUUUGUUAGAGUUCAAGCGCCUUAUGCACAAACAUGGCUCAGUGAAGGCUUACUCAGAAUUUCUCAGAGAAAAAGGCUUUGCAGGCAGCAACAAUGAAGUAAGGACAUGUGACAAGGCUGCCUUCCAGCACCAGUGCACGGUAGUAAGGGGAUGCAAUGACCUACUAAAGGCAACUAUGGCUCGAUAUGGAAAUGGGAGGGGUGUGCAGCAUCUGAAGCCUUCACUGCAUAGGUCACUUACAUAUGGUCUCUUAUAAGCAUGUCGACAUAUCUGAAUUAAACCAUACGGACAGAAGUGUUUGACCACACCUGUUGAUUAUUGAAUUCAGGUGUUUCAAUCAGACCCACAGGUGUACAAAAUUAUCUC